CAUGGGGAAACACUUCCACCUGUACGAGAACAUCUCCAAAGUGGACCCCUUUGAGGGGCCCCAGUACUACCUGGCCCCCACAUGGGCCUUCCACCUACAGGCCGCCUUCAUGGGCUUCGUCUUUUUCGUUGGAACGCCGCUAAACUUCGUCGUCCUGCUUGCCGUCGCCAAGUACAAGAAGCUUCGAGUUCCCCUCAACUACAUCCUGGUCAACGUCUCCUUCGCUGGCUUCAUCUUUGUCACGUUCUCUGUCAGCCAGGUGUUCUUCGCCAGCCUCAAGGGUUACUACUUCUUCGGUUACACCUUGUGUGCUUUAGAGGCAGCGGUCGGGUCCAUCGCAGGUCUGGUGACAGGCUGGUCGCUGGCGGUCCUUUCCUUCGAGAGGUACCUGGUCAUCUGCAAACCCUUCGGAGCCUUUAAGUUCGGCACGAAUCACGCCUUGGGUGCCGUCGCCUUCACCUGGGCCAUCGGGGUCUUCUGUGCAACGCCACCGUUCUGGGGCUGGAGCAGGUACAUCCCUGAAGGUCUGGGCUGUUCCUGUGGUCCCGACUGGUACACCCACAACGAGGAGUACAAGACCACCAGCUACGUCUACUUCCUGCUAGUGACCUGCUUCAUCCUCCCGCUCACCAUCAUCAUCUUCUCCUACUCCCAGCUGCUGGGAGCCCUGAGAGCUGUCGCCGCCCAGCAGGCGGAGUCAGUGUCCACCCAGAAGGCUGAGAAGGAGGUCUCCAGGAUGAUCAUCGUCAUGGUGGGUUCCUUCAUCACCUGCUACGGUCCCUACGCCAUCACAGCGCUCUACUACGGCUUCAGCACUGACGAGAACAAGGACUACCGCAUGGUCACCAUCCCGGCGUUCUUCUCCAAGAGCUCCUGCGUCUACAACCCGCUCAUCUACGCCUUCAUGAACAAACAGUUCAACGCCUGCAUCAUGGAAAUGGUGUUUGGAAAGAAAAUGGAUGAAUCCUCUGAAGUUUCUUCAAAGACUGAGACGUCUUCAGUCUCAACAGCUUCUUAAUGUUUGGAUCCAAACGACACCAAACACCAAAAAAGGACAUUUGAGUUUCCAUGAAGGACUUUUCCGACUUUUCAGGAGUCUGAACCUUUGUGAGCUCAGAAAAGAUCUACGACCGACCGUGUAAAUACAGUUCUAGCUUCAUUUUACUGUAGAACUUGUUUGUUAAGAUAAAAGGCAACGAAAAAAACCCAAAUAAAAAUGUCAUGCACUGUU